AUACCUUGUAAUGAGGUGAGUCACGUUAUUCCAUUGUCGUUAUAUAUUUAAAAUCCAAGUUAAUGUCAAUAGCUUUCAGCCACCACUGAUUUCUGAAUUUGGCGUUCAAAUUUUGACAUUAUAAAGAGUACUAACCUUUAGGACAUUUCUUCGUUGGAGCAGAUCUGUGGGAAAUGGUGCGAACUGUUUUCGCUGUAUGUCUUUUUGCGUUAUGGACAGCGACACCUUCUGCUGCCCAAGAGUAUAGCGACAUUAUUAACGCCAUCACAGCUCUGGACACAAAAGUGACCACCCUUUUGAAGAGCAUCAACAAAACCGUGUCCACCUGUUGUCAGGCCUCUGGUAGCUGUGGGGACCAGGAAUGGAAGCUGGCGUUCCGAGGAACAGCUGGUGUCCGUCAGUCUGUCCUUACUGCGUAUAAGGAUUCUACGUUUGGUUCCAAGCCAGUGGAAAGUGGAUGCAAGCAGGUUGGGCAGAAUCUACCUUGCGCUAAUCACUACAGAAACAACGACAUACUUGAUAACUGGAGUGGGGUAUCCGAAGUGGCGCUCGUCAUCUACAAAAACAACGUGAAAGUCAAGCAGGUGAUCUUCGAUGGUUCGGGCACAAACUACAUAAAUUGGUUCGACAAGGCCAGGGUCAAGGACUCAAGCUGGAUUGACAUGAAAACCAGCAGUGCCAACUACUUUAGCAUAGACGGUCACCAAGACCCUACCCUGAGGCGAACCUUCUUCAUGAGUCAAGCUUACGGUACCUGCCCCAACGACGUCGGCUGGUUUGUUGCUGUCGACAGCAAUGGCGGAUGCCCAUGGGAACAGAACUCUGGCAUCCCUAUGUUGAAAUACUCUACGAGUGAUAGCAAGAUGAACUGGAACGCCCCCACCAUUGGCCAGGCGGACUAUUUCGCUGUUUUGGUCAGACGUUUUAACGUGCCAUCUUGAUGUAUUGUUUGCUAAAUAUCAAAUAAACUUGCUCUGACAAAA